AAAACGUGUUCAACACUAAUCCACACCCAACUCGGCUCCUUCACCGAACAAUAGUAAUCAUCCAUCAUGUCUGCAUCAUCGUCCACCGGUCGCUGCCCGAACAAAUCGAAGGGCGGUACCUGCCCGUUCAAGGGUCAUACCAACCUUGCUGUUGGUGCACCUGGCAUCCGCGAAUGGUGGCCCAACUCGCUCAACCUCAAGCCGCUGGUGACCAACAGCGGGCUGGCCGACCCCAUGGGCGAGGAUUUUGACUACGCGGCCGAGUUUGCCAAGGUCAAUCUCGAUGAGCUCCGCAACGAUGUCAUGAAGGUCAUGACGACGUCGCAGGACUGGUGGCCGGCUGACUACGGCCACUACGGCCCGUUCUUCAUCCGCAUGUCCUGGCACGCCGCAGGCACCUACCGCGUCUCGGACGGGCGUGGCGGCGCUGGGACCGGCAUGCAGCGCUUUGCGCCGCUCAACUCGUGGCCCGACAACGCAAACCUCGACAAGGCCCGCCGGCUGCUGUGGCCCAUCAAGAAGAAGUACGGCCGCAAGAUCUCGUGGGCCGACCUCAUCGUGUACGCCGGCAACUUGGCCAUCGAGUCGAUGGGUCUCGAGACCGUCGGCUUUGGCUUUGGCCGCAUCGACAAGUACGAGCCUGAGGACAUCUUCUGGGGCGCCGAAACCGAGUGGCUCACUGACUCUGAGCGGUACCCCAAGGACGGCAAGCGCGAGCUUGCUGAAGGCCUUGGUGCUGUCGAGCAUGGCCUCAUCUACGUCAACCCGGAGGGCCCCGGCGGCGAGCCGGACCCGAUGAAGGCCGCCGCCGACAUCCGCGAGUCGUUUGGCCGCAUGGCCAUGAACGACGAAGAGACCGUCGCCCUCAUUGCCGGAGGGCACACAUUCGGCAAGGCCCACGGCGCUGCCGACCCGUCCAAGUACGUCGGGCCCGAGCCUGAGGGCGAGUCCAUCACCGCCCGCGGCCUCGGCUGGAACUCGUCGUACAAGUCGGGCGCCGGCGCACACGCCAUCACCUCGGGCCUCGAGGGUGCAUGGACUCCGACGCCCAUCCAGUGGGACAACUCGUACUUUGACAUGCUCUUUGGCUACGAGUGGGAGCUGACUAAGAGCCCGGCGGGCGCCUCGCAGUGGACGCCCAAGGGCGGCUCCGGCUCAGGCCUGGUUCCGGACGCGCACGAUGAGGCCAAGUCGCAUCCGCCCAUCAUGUUCACCACUGAUCUCGCCCUCCGCAUCGACCCGGACUACGAGCGCAUCUCGCGCCAUUUCCACUCCAACCCGGAGGCCUUUGGCAACGCCUUUGCCCGGGCCUGGUUCAAGCUCCUCCACCGCGAUAUGGGCCCCAUCGCCCGCUACCUCGGCCCGCUUGUGCCCACCACUCCCGAGCUGUGGCAGGAUCCGCUGCCGUCGCCGCCGGCUGCCGUCAUCGACGCCGAUGACAUUGCCACGCUCAAGGCUGCCAUCUCCGCCUCGGACCUCACCCCGGCCCAGCUCGUCCGCACCGCAUGGGCCUCCGCCUCGACCUACCGCGACACCGACAAGCGCGGCGGCGCCAACGGCGCCCGCAUCCGCCUCUCGCCACAGAAGGACUGGCCCGUCAACGACCCGCCCGCCCUUGCGGCCGUCCUCGCCGUCUACGACGGCAUUCAGGCCAACUUUAACGCCGGCGCCAAGUCAGUCUCCAUGGCCGACCUCAUCGUCCUUGGAGGCGUCGUCGGCGUCGAGGCUGCUGCCGCCGCCGCCGGCCACGACAUCUGCGUCGCCUUUACUCCCGGCCGCACCGACGCCAGCCAGGACCAGACUGAUACAGAGGGCUUUGCUGUCCUCGAGCCCACUGCAGACGCAUUCCGCAACUACUACGCGCCCGACAACAAGCGCCCGGCCGAGCAGCUGCUCGUCGACAAGACCAUCCUCCUUGGCAUCACUAGCCCCGAGAUGGCGGUCCUCCUUGCGGGCCUCCGCGUCAUCGGUGCCAACGCUGCUGGCUCGGACCUCGGCGUCCUCACUGACCGGCCGGGUGCCCUCACCACAGACUUCUUCGUCAACAUCCUGGACGACUCGAUCGACUGGGCUCCGGCCGCCGAUGGCGUGUACGUCGGCACCGAGCGUGGCUCCGGCGCUACCAAGUGGUCCGCCACCCGCGCCGACCUCAUCUUCUCCUCCAACUCGCAGCUCCGCGCCCUCGCUGAGGUCUUUGCCGCCGACGAUGCCGCUGACCACUUUGUCAACUCCUUUGCCGCCGCAUGGGCCAAGGUCAUGGAUCUCGACCGCUUUGACCUCCGCUCGCGCAUGUAAGCAAGCUCUCGGUUCUCAGAAGCAGUAAAUGAACGUCACCACA